GGAAGUUCAAGAACCUGGUCACCUGGUGGAGAGCAACCUAUCUAGUUGUAAGAACUUUCAUGGCGAAGCUGGUCCUGGUGCUAGCGAGUCAUGACAACAGCGCCGAGAGUGUCUGAAAAGUAAGACGGGAGUUUUGUGGUUAUUGCUGUGAUCUGGGCUUCAUACAUCGGGCGUCAGGCAAUUGUGGUUCACAAGGACAAUACAGGGCAUCGUUGUGAUAGUCUGCGCUCCAAUGGCUUCUGCGGAAGGCGGAAUGUGGCACCGCGUCAAUAGUGUCCAAUCCAAGAAGGCCAAAGACCGGGAAAUAGUCUCGCUGCGCCGGCCAGCCGUUCUGGAUUUGCCCUCUGGUUUGGAGAGCCCUGAGAGCUGUAGAAGCCCCCACGGUCACAAAACCCCUGAACCAGCUUUUUCAACUAACGCCCCCGUAGUCCUGCGCAUGCACCCAGCGGCUGUUGUGAAACCCCCUGUCAAGGAUUUCAUCAACCCAGCACUCUCUGAUGACUUGCUUGCCAGCGUUCUUUCGUGCCUGACCAACAGCAAAGACCGGGCCGCCUUUUCCCAGGUUUGCAAGCGAUGGUGCGAUCUUGAGGGAGCGCUGCACACGAAAAUUCGUUUCCCUGGGGGUAAGCAGCUGGCGGAGCAUGUGACCCAGGCCCUAACGCGGUUUCCUAACCUAGUCGAAGUGACGGUGGACGAGCGCGCAGUGAAGAAGAGCUUCUGGCGCAGGGGCAACGCGAGCAAGGGCGCGAUGGAGGCGGCCAUGCGCCAGGUGUCGCACUCCUGUGCGACUCUAGAGAAGCUCAACUUUUACAGCUGUACGGCCCUCACCGACAAGAUGCUGCAAUACGUGGUGGCCGAGUGCCCCUCCCUGCGAUCCCUCCGCCUCGUGCGGUGCGAGAAAGUGGGCAAGUCGCAUAAGAAGCGGUUCAAGUCGGGGGCGUCGGAGCCCGAGUCAAAGAACCAGAGCCCUGAGAUGGUGUCUCCACACUUCAUGACGGCAUGCGCCAACAAUCUGGUGCAACUCAAUCUGUAUGGCACAGGCGUGGACGACACCGCGGUUGCGGCAAUUGGGCGCUAUUGCAAGGGGUUGGAGAGACUCAGCCUGGCGGGCUGCCAUGACGUCACGGACUCGGGGCUGAAGCUGCUUGGGGAGGGGUGCAAAAGGCUGCAGGACUUGAAUGUUGUGCGCUGCUGGCGCGUGACCGACAAGGGCCUGGCUGCAAUUGGAGAGGGCUGUGGGGCGACCAUCAAGUUCUUAAGCCUCGGGUUCCACACCGAGGUGCAUGACCGCGGCAUGCGCGCCCUUGCAACGAGCUGCCCAAACCUGGAGUUGCUGGCGGUCUCGGACUGCAACAACAUGACGGACGCGGGAGUUCGGACGGUGGUGCGGCGCUGCAAAUGGCUGCGGAUCUUGAAGAUUACGGCGUGCCUGCAGGUCAAGGACGUGUCCCUGGACCUGAUCGGCCGGCUGGCAACUAGUCUGGAGAUUUUGGAGCUGCGGAGCCUGAUCAUCACAGACCGCGCGUUCUCACACCUGGCCGCCGCGGGGGGCAGCCCCGCCUUAAAGCGGAUAGUACUUGCGGGGUGCCCUUAUAUAACCGACAAGGGCCUUAUGUCGCUUGCGGGCCAAGAUUCGUUCUCUUUGCGAUCGGUGGACGUGCGGCACUGUCGGGAAAUCAGUACGCCCGCGCUCGCGCGCUUCAUGGUGCGGUGCGCGACGCUUGAGCAGAUGGACGUGGACAAAGGGAGGACGGAGGAACUAGACGCGGAGCUGCAGAAGGUGCGGGCGAGCACGGCCUAAGGGGCGCUCGAAGGAGUGGUGGGAUUUGAGUUCAAUCUGCCCAAAGCCGUUGAUUUAAAAGCGAGGCGGAAUUGAGAGCUCGGGAAAUGGGCUUGUACUUUAGGUUGACUGUGUCUGAGAAAGGGUGGAGCUUAACCAAGGGCUUCUGUAGGCAAUCAUCCGAUGUAGUUUAUGGGGAUCCGGUGUAGUUUAUGGGUCCGUUUCGUUUGUGUGACAACGAGUUAAGCCUUUCCUUGUAAGAGAAGGUGGAGAAACAAUGAAACGUUUUGGUCUGGUUGCCUGUAGUUUGUUCUUAACAAACCUGGAGAUACUCGGCAGCGGGUCUUAGAUUCACGGCUUUCGGCUGGAGCUUCCUUCGUUGUGGCAGUUACAUGGAGCAGCUACAAGUACAUCGCAUAGAAUAAUCAUAGCACGUGUUGUCCAGAGCUUAAGUACAUUUCGCCCACGCCAACAUAAACACACUGAAGCUCUUAUAGCUAUAUUUGAAAAGAACCAAAAACUGGAUUUUCGCGAGCAAGUUUCUUGUUUAGCAACUCGUUGCACAACCUACUCAUA